CAAAUUGGUUUCAGAAGGAAAUGGAUAUCGAAAUUGUUGGGAGGCAUGCGCUUCUCUUCGACGAUGAUACCACAGCAGCCUUCGUUAACUCCGAUGACGCACUUGUGGAAUGGAAUUAUCUACAAAUCGAUCGUUACGACGUCCGCCACCUCCUUUCCACCCCUCCGCCGUCUCGAAGGCGGCGCAACCCACAAACAUCGCACUCAUCUAACGCUGAUGCAGAAAUUGAUUAUGAACGAUACCUGGAUCUCCCCUCACCUUCCGAGGAACAAGAAGCGGAUGCAAAACCAGAACCUGUGGGUGGAUUUAAUGCCGUUCCUUUUUCUUAUGGAAGCUAUGUGGCUUCUAAUGAUCAAAAGACUGCCGAGACUGAAUCAGAAUGCCCUGGAUUUCAUCCCCCCUUCCCUGUUCCUGACAGCCUGGUUCAAAACUUGCCUCCUACAGAGAAGGUUCAUCAGAUUAUUGCGAGGACUGCUCUUUUUGUCAGCAAAAAUGGAGGUCAAUCCGAGAUUGUUUUGAGGGUGAAACAAGGAGACAAUCCGACUUUUGGUUUCUUAAUGCCUGAUCAUCACCUACAUCCGUACUUCAGGUUUCUGGUCGAUCACCAGGAUCUUCUGCAGUCAAAAGACAACGGACAGGCUGAAAAUGAUGAGAAAAUAUCCAAUACUGAGAAUGCGGCAGGAGCAGGAGCACUGUCUUUGCUUGGUUCUGUAUAUGGCACUGGUGAGGAUGAGGAUGGUGGAGCCGAGCAUGCAUCAUCAUCUAGAGGUGUAUCUGAUGUUACCAUCCCUCUUGCAGCAGGCAAAACCAUGUUACCAGCUGAAAAAGAUGAGCCUGUUUCAAAGCAUUCACUUUCUUCUAAGGAAGAUGCUCCUAUUAUAAAAAGGAAUUCCUUGACAAAUGCAUUGAAAACUGGACGAACUAGCAGCAUGAGAAAAGGUGAGUCCUUGGGUUCACUCUCUGCUGUUCCAGAUAAGUUGCGGGCUUCUUCUCUUCCUCCUAUUCCCAAGAUCGAGAACAUGCUCCUGGAUCCUCCCUCUGACAUGAAACGGUUAGUUGACAAGAUAGUAGAGUUCAUCAUCAAGAAUGGGAGGCAGUUUGAGGCAGUACUUAUGGAACAAGACCGAGCCCAUGGGAGAUUCCCGUUCCUAAUCCCAUCGAACAAAUUCCAUCCAUACUAUUUAAAAGUUCUCCAGAAAACCCAGGAGUCGAAAUUAACUGGCAAGAGUUUGCACAAUGAGAAGGAAGAUUUCAGAGGACAUGUCUUGAAUAAGAAAACGUCUAUCUCAAGGGACACUGAAAGUUGUUUGAUGGAAUCUGAUGAUAUACCACUUGAUUCUGAAAGGAAAGAAAAGUUUAAGAUGGUAAUUAACAAGUCUAAAAGGGAAGGAUCAGAUUUGCCAUCUAAAGCGACACAACCACAACUUGGGGUUCAGGUGGAUGCUGCUCAAGCAGCAGCUAUUCUGCAGGCUGCUACAAGAGGCAUUAAACAUCCAAAUUUAGGGAUCCUCUCAAAGAUGUCGCUGAAUGGCAACAGUUAUGGCCCCAGAAGUGAGGGUGGGCAACCCUCCAAUUCAUCUCAUGCCAAUAAUGCUGCUAAAGAAGUCGCAAGUGAAGCCGAUUCCUCUGAGGCACACUUGACUCAGGAGCAGAAACUGAAGGCCGAGAGAUUAAAACGGGCUAAGAUGUUCGUGGCAAUGCUGAAAAGUGGAGCUGCUCCAUCAAAAACCGAAUCCUCGCGUGGCUUAUCAGCCGAGCCACAAGGAUCAGGGGAGUCUUUAGGCGAUGACAAUCGCUUUGCAGCCAAAGAAAGAGAGAGGAGCAUGGUACCUUUGGAUUUUGAAACUUCAGACAAAAAAAUAAAAUCGGAAAAGGAACAUUUGGACGAAGAAAGACGAGCAAAGAGGAAAUACCGAGCUAGAUCUAGCAGAGACGAGGAAGGUGAAGCAGCAGAAGAUGAAGAAGAAGAAGAAGAAGAUGAUGAUGAUGAUGAUGAUGAUGAUGAUGAUGAUAACGGUGAGGGUGAUGAGAGGGGAGGAAAACGGUCAAGUAAACACCGUACAAAGAAGCACCGAUCUCAUAAUCAUCUGGUUGAAGAAGAGAGUGAAGAAAGAUACGGGGAUGAGAGAGCUUAUAAGCAUACAAAGAGAAGGCAUCGAUCUCAUCGUACUUCCCAUAAACAUGGUGACAGGGACAAACACGAUGAAGAAAGGGAUCAUAAGCACUCAAGGAAGAAGAAGCGUCGAUCUUCUAGUUCUGUAGAAGUUGAUGAACAAGAAAGUGAACCUGAAAGGGUACAUGAAUAUGCUAGAAAGAAGCAUCGUUCACACCAUUCUUCACAUGAUGAAGGGUCUCAUGAUGAAGGGGAAAGCAGGCUUAAAUGUUUUAGGAAAACGCGCUCUUCUCGUGGAGAAGAUGAAGGACGGGAGGACAGGCACUCUAGGAGGAAACGUCGGUCUCACAAAUCUUCUCAUCAUAGUAGAGAUAAGCAUAAGCAUAGGAAAAGUCACUCGUCUAGGCAUAGGCGGAAGCCUGAUGUCUCUUCGGAAGAGGAUCGGAUGGACCAUAAUAAGGCCCAUAAGCAUGUAAAAGGAUCAAACUCGGAAAGAGAAGAACUGGAAGAGGGGGAGAUUAGCUCAAAGUUAUCGGGUCAGUCGAGAGGAGGACCUUUGGUUGAUGUUGCUUGUAGAGAACCUUCGGUGGAUGUAUCCAGUUCUUAUCAAGAUCGGAGACCACUGACUCAGCCCUCUGAGACAACCGACGUUCCUGAUGACCUCAGGGCCAAAAUCAGAGCAAUGUUAUUGUCCACAUUGUAAGUCCUAAACUUCAGUUAUUAGUUAGUUUUUGUCUAUUACGUUGAAAGCAUUCUUCUUCUAUUGCUUCAUAUUUGCACAGCUGUGGGCAUUUGAUUUUCGAGUCUAGGCUCCAAAUUUUACCAAGAAUUGUUUUGGUUGUAGUCUUGUAGAUUAACAAACUGACAAUUGCUUUAAAUUGUAUCAAUACAUUGCAUUGGCAACAGGUUUUGAAACUUGAAAUUAAAGAACUAGAAACAUUGACGCUA